AUGGCAAUCGUCCUGCCUCUGGAAUGGUUUCCUCUGAACAAGCCCAGUGCUGGAGAUUAUUUUCACAGGGCAUACAAUGUUAUUACUGAAGAUGUAAUCUUUAAAAAUUCUGGGUCAUCAGAACUGAUUGAGAGCAUCAUCACUUUCGUCAUGGAAGCCAGCAUACACCUAGUGGGAGAUUUGACUAACCAUCGUCUCAUCCUCAGUGGACACCAACUUCACCUUUCUGUUAGAGAGAAUCCCAUUAUCAAGGAUCUGAAGCCGACCUCACUGAUUGAUUCUUUUGAGCUUCUGUUUUACUAUGAUGAGCACUUAGGGUAUAGCAUUUGGUACCUGUAUGUCCCAUUCUUCCUCAUCCUCCUCCUGUAUUUCUCUGGCUGCUUUACACAACUUUAUCAUUAUGCUACUCUCAGAUUAGAUUUGCACAAAAAGUAUCCUGGUAUCAUCUAUGUUCCUGAGCCUUGGUCCUUUUACACCUUACACAUCGAAGGAAGUUAA